AUGGCAGACGCAAACGACAACUGGGGAAAGAAAGGAAAGGAAUCGAUUUCAGCUCAGCUGUGGUCGAAAUCCCCAGACAACGCACCAAUUGACGACUCCAAGCAUUAUUCAGAAAUGUGGAUGGGCACGUACCCUUCAAAUCCAUCCUAUCUGAUUUCUACCGGCGAACACCUCGGGGAGUAUCUGAAGAAGCACCCUGAGCUAGUGGGCAAGUCCGUCCACGAUCGAUGGGGCCCGGAGAUUCCAUUCCUGCCAAAGGCAAGUGCAAGCCAAGGAUUAUACAAAGCACUACCCUUACAAAUCCAUCCAGACCUAAAACUCGCCGCACAACUGCACAAAGCACACCCCGAAAAGUAUGGCGACACAAUGCACAAGCCAGAGAUUGCAAUUGCACUCUCAAAAUUCGAGCUCUUCGCCGGCUGGAGGCCACUGAAAGACAUCCAAGCGCUGUUUGAGUUGAACCAUCUGGCAAAUUACAUGCCCAAAUCAGGACAAUUCAACGACGAGACCCUACGCCAGUUAUGCAAGGCUCUACUAAAUGCGCCGCCAAAGGAAGUCGCACAGACAAUGAAAGACCUGCAAGCCAUCCCGGAAUCCCAGUUCGGCGUACACACCUACAUCCCCAGCUUACUCGGCCGUCUGGCAAAGCAAUACGGCGAAGGCGACAACGGAAACCUAGUCGCCGCCCUGCUAAUGAACUACCUGACCCUAGGACCGGGAGAUUCCGUCUUCGUCCCCGCAGACAGCAUCCACGCCUACCUGGAAGGCGAUAUCGUGGAGUGCAUGGCACGGUCAGAUAACGUCAUCAACACGGGAUUCUGUCCGGCUGCAGACCGCGACAGCGUCGAGUUGUUCGGACAGGCUUUGAGCUUUGUACCGCAUAAUGCACAGGAUGCGCUAUUGCCGCGUAGAAAGAGUGACAAUGGCAUGAAUGGCAAGACGGAUGUCUAUGCACCGCCUAUCAGUGAAUUUGCUGUGUUGUGUACUACUCUUGGCGCUGGGGAGAAUGAGACGCACAAGGCCAUUCUUGGGCCGAGCUUGAUGAUCGUUACGAAGGGUGGUGGUCAGAUGAAAUUCCCCGGUAAUCAGACCGCUCAGCUAAGAGAGGGAUAUGUUUUCUUUGUGGGGCAGGGUGUUGCGUUGGACUUCGCGACUGACAAGGGCAUGGCUGUUUAUCGGGCGUAUGCGGAGUAA